AUAGGAUUAUUCAAGAUAAAGUUGUAGCCAUUUUCAACAAGGAUUGAUGAUCAGAAUUUUUCUUUUUAAAACAUUUUCAAGUUAAAGAUGAAAGGAAAAUACUGGAAUUGUUUGGAUUCUAACUGACAGGUUAAAGAAUAUAGUAUUUCACAGUUACUUGUAAUGGAACCUCAGUAAAAUUCAUCACUUGUCAUGCACCCAACUGGGAACAUGGAUGUUGGUUUUUCUCGUUCUGCUGUUCAUACACUGUCAAGAAGCCACUGCAAAAACAUCAAACAAAAAAUUUCUCAGUGGGAAGGAAGAACUAAUGGUAAAUCUAAUCCAGAUAAGUGCGAUCCACAGGACUUUGGAGUGAGAUAUAAUAACUGUAAUCAAGAGAUUCUUCUUAAGAGAAAUCCUGUUGCUGAGGGAAAGUGCAAAAAGCUGGAUGUCACCAACUCUCAAAAUGUUGAUCAGGGUAUUAAUGAAGAUGCCAAAAGCCACAAUCAAAGUGAGGAUGAAAGUGAGAAACAUGAAUAUGAUGAUACACACUUCUUUAAAAAUGAAUCAGGAUCCAACUGGGUAUGUUCUCGGGCCAAACAAACUGAAAGCUGGAAAGAAGUUUUGGAUCCAGAGACUUCAUUACCUCCAGGAAAUUUCUAUACCUCACAGAUAUUGUGGAAGAAAAUAGAAGCACUUCCGCCAGAUAAAGUCUUAAAUUUAGCUUUAGAACAUUGUGACUCUUCAGAAAAAGAACUGAAUUUCAGAGGUCUGGAUAGUUCAUAUGGAGUAACGAAGAGCUUAGAAAACAUUUACUCUGAACCUGAGGGACAAGAAUGUGGACCUUCUAUAAAUCCUUUGCCAAAACCUCGUAGGACAUUCAGAUAUUUAUCUGAAUCUGGUGGUAUGCCAUAUAAAGAAAGAAACUGUGACAGAAAAUACUGUGAAAAUAAUUCUUGCACAGAGUCCUCUUUAGCCUCUUCUCAGGAACCUGAACCAAAGAAAUAUGGCAGAAAAAUCAGAGGGAGAUCUAAAAGGAAAUCCUUUGAAUUUGAGGACAUUCAGCACUUUCGAAAUCAGAACUCACGGAAGAUUCAUGAAGAACUUAGAAGAAAUUCUGGCUCAGCACUUUAUUACACACAGUCUGAGGACAAUAUCUAUGAGGAUAUCAUAUAUCCCACCAAAGAAAAUCCAUAUGAAGAUAUUCCAGUGCAGCCUUUGCCCAUGUGGAGAUCUCUUUCAACAUGGAAGCUACCACCCCCUAAAAGUGCUUUCAAAGCACACAAGCUUGUAUUGAAAAUAGAUGAUAUAUUUGAAUCUAAGAGAGGGAAGAAGAGGGUAAAGUUACACCCUUACACUGGAAAAGAUGUACCUCCCUCUAAAGGUGAAACCAGUGGGUACGAAAGUGAUGCCGAGUAUCUGCCAAAGAGUUGCUACAAGCGCAUAGCACAACUGCAGCAAUCUUCCAAGAGGAAUCCUCACUACCAGACCUUAGAGCGGGAUCUAAUUGAAUUACAGGAGCAGCAGCUGUUUGAACUUUUUGUGGUGGUGUCUCUACAGAAGAAGCCAUCAGAAACAAGCUACACUCCCCAGGUCAUACAACAAUUCCCUAGCAAGGGUCAUCAUGGCUUUAAGCAAUCCAGAGACACUGAAGACAGGCUCAAAGUUAUCCCAAAAUUUUGUUUUCCUGAUUCAAAGGACUGGGUGCCAACCUCAGAACUCAAGAGUGAAACGUUCUCCUUUGUCUUAACUGGUGAAGAUGGGAGCCGGUGGUUUGGUUACUGUAAGAAGCUCUUGCCAGAAGGCAAAGGAAAGCGACUCCCUGAGGUAUACUGCAUGGUCAGUCGCCUAGGCUGCUUCAACCUUUUUUCAAAGAUUCUGGAUGAAGUAGAGAAGAGAAGAGAAAUGUCUCCAGCUUUGGUUUACCCAUUUAUGCGCAGUGUCAUGGAAGCUCCUUUCCCAGCUCCUGGACGCACCAUCACAGUAAAGAGCUACCUCCCUGGGGCUGGAGAUGGGUCAAUUGAACUGUGCCGACCACUGGACUCACGAUUGGAACAUGUUGAUUUUGAAUGUCUCUUUAAGUGCCUGAGUGUGUGCCAUCUCAUUCGGGUCUGUGCCUCUCUCCUUUUGGAGCGGAGGAUAAUCUUUGUUGCCAACAGCCUAAGCACCCUGUCAAAAUGUGGCCAUGCUGUGGUUGCCACACUGUAUCCAUUCACCUGGCAGCAUACCUACAUCCCAGUCCUGCCAGCAUCUAUGAUCGACAUUGUGUGCUCACCUACUCCUUUCCUUAUUGGAAUCCUGUCUUGCUCCUUACCACAGCUCCAGGACCUACCCAUUGAAGAGGUGCUGAUAGUUGAUCUCUGUGCAGACAAGUUCUUACAGGAGGUAUCUGAUGAGGAUGAAAUUCUACCACCUAAACUCCAAGCUGCCCUGAUACAAAUUUUGGAAGAACGAAAUGAAAUUUUGGCUCAGGAGCAGAAUUUUUUACAAGAUGUGACACUCAACUCUCUGGUGUCCGAAGCAUUUGUCAGGUUUUUUGUUGAACUGGUGGGACAUUAUUCUUUGAGCAUGACUGUCACUGAGCAUGGGGAGCGUGUAUUCCAAAGGGAGCCAUUCCGUAAAUCCCACACUUCCCGAAGUGUACGCCACUUCCUGGAUCUCUUCAUGGAAACUCAGAUGUUUGCAGGAUUCAUCCAGGACCGAGAGCUUCGGAAAAGUGGGGUGAAAGGUUUGUUUGAGGUCCGGGCCCUCCAGUAUUUGGAAACAAUUCCUGAGUCUGAGCCCAGUGGAGUGAAUAGAAUUUUGCGGAGUCUUGGAAGUAAAAUGAAAUUUCUUCAGAAGAAAUGAAAUCUUUGAUUGACAGCCUCCAUCCUAAAUAGAAGAGAAAGUGACAAAGAAACUAUUUUUCGAAGAGUCAAGAUGCCCUGAAGUAUUCUACAAAGUCUUGAAAGUUGAAAGUUUACAGAGUGGGCCAGGUUCUCGGAGGAGGAUUCUCCUGUUGCUGCUGUAGUAAUCACUGGAGAAUUGUUGGGAGUAGUCUGGAACCAAUGCUCCCUUUACUCUGCCUCCAGAUUUUUUUUAAGUGGCCUUUCUUUUUGAUUCCUGAGCUCAUUCUUUGUGUUUUGAGCUUAGUCUAUGAAGGCACUUGUCUUUUACAAGAAAGAGGUGGUGUUGCAUUUUAAAAACAGCUCAAAGAUGAGCACAAUGAGAAAAGUGCUGCAUUUAAGGUACUACCGAGGCAUGAUAGAAGUAGAGGACUAGCCCUUCACACAUAAUUCUCAUCACUGAAAUACCGUGGCAGCUUUAAACCUAUGGGCUGUUUGAGCUGAGCUAAGGACUAUACUCAUCUUUUUUUUUUUUUUUUUUUUGGUCUAAUGCUCUGUCUAGGGGAAUCUCACUUACGCGGAAGCCCUAUGUAUUAUCACUGUUAUUGAGUAUCUUAUAAAAAUAGACAUUUUAUAGCUCCUCCUCCCCAUUGUGUGGCACUUGGGUAGCUUGUCCCACGCAUGUCAACAUUAAACUUUGGGGAAUUAUAGCUAAUGGGGGACUUCCCUGGCAGUCCAGUGGUUAAGACUGCAUGCUUCCACUGCAGGGGGCACGGGUUUGAUCCCUGAUCCGAGAACUAAGAUCCCCCAUGCAGAUUCCACAUGCCGCAUGGCAUGGCCAAAAACAAGAAAAGAAAAAAAUAUAUACCUAACAGGAAAAU